AUGGAGACCGGACUCUGGAUCUUACUAUUAUGUACAUAUCUCAUAUCGACGUCGACAUCACAAAGACCUACAGGAAGGAAUCAGAAUAGUGUAACGAGAUCGAAUGGAGUCGGCGUCACAACGCCUCAACGUCAAGCCAGAGGAAUCCAGCGCCUGAUGACGGUUUUGAGAGCGCUUCCAAGACCAGUUGUUCAAGAGAUGUUCACUGAGUUACAAUUAGAUGAACAGGGGAGAUCAAGAGCUACAUCGAUAUCUCGAAAUUCUAACCACCAACUAUCCACAGACCGAAGGCGGGGCAAUAUCGGAAACUCACGGAAUCGAACAUCAGUCCAGCAAUCUGAUCGUCUCCAGAACCGCCCAUCAUCUCGAAAUAGCACAGGGGAACAAAAUCUAGGAUCGCGAGGUGUAGGCAUAUCCCAGGAAAGAGCUCUGGAAAGAUCUCGACUUCGUGAAAAUUCAAGCAGACCAUUACGAUCUCGAGCUUCCGAAGUUGCCAGAGUUAUCGGUAUAGCUCAAGAGCGGAACAGAACUAGAAGUAUUGGGAUAACACGAGACCAGGCCAGAUCUCGAGAUCGGGCGAGUACACGAGACCAGGGCAGAUCUCGAAGUGUUGGGAUAGCACGAGACCAGGGCAGAUCUCAAAGUGUAGGGAUAGCACGAGACCAGGGCAGACCUCGAGAUCAGGCGAGUACACGAGACCUCAGCAGAACUCGAAGUGUUGGGAUAGCACGAGACCAAGGCAGACCUCGAAGUGUAGGGAUAGCACGAGACCAGGGCAGAUCUCGAAGUGUUGGGAUAGCACGAGACCAGGGCAGAUCUCGAAGUGUAGGGAUAGCAAGAGACCAGGGCAGACCUCGAGAUCAGGCGAGUACACGAGACCAGGGCAGAUCUCGAGGUGUUGGGAUAGCACGGGACCAGGGCAGACCUCGAGGUGUUGGGAUAGCAAGAGACCAGGGCAGACCUCGAGAUCAGGCGAGUACACGAGACCAGGGCAGAUCUCGAGAUCGGGCGAGUACACGAGACCUCAGCAGAACUCGAAGUGUUGGGAUAACACGAGAUCGUGGCAGAACUAGACCAUUACGAUCUCGAGCUUCCGAAGCUGCUAGAGUUAUCGGUAUAGCUCAAGAGCGGAACAGAACUCAAAGUAUUGGGAUAGCACGAGACCGAGGCGGAACUCGAGAUAUGGAAAGUACACGAGAUCGGGACAGAGCUCGAGAUUUGGCGAGUUCACGAAACAGGGACAUAACAGGAAAUAUCGGGAUAACACCAGACCAGGACAGAAUUCGAGAACUAGGAAGUAUACGGGACCGGAACAGAGCUCGAAGUGUCGGGAUAGCAAGUGAUAGGGACAUAACUCGUGAUCUGAUGAGAUCUAGUAAUACUGAGAUACAGAGAUCUCCAGAUAUCUUCGGAAUUAGUGAUCUAUUUGAGGAAACAGACAGUUCUUUAUUUACCCGUACGAGUAUGCGUAAUGGUGGACGUUUAAGAAGACAACGCUUGACGACGCCUCCACUCAUCCCAGAAGAGCCGUUACAGGUUCAAUGUGAUUCUAUGUUGCAAUUCACCAAUAGCAGUACCGUCACAAGAGUUGACCCGGAGACCAUGGAAAUCCACGCGGAGGAAAUGUUCUCGUAUGAUGGCUCCGCUAGAACAGGACCAAGUAAAUGGCCAACUUUCUGGCCCGCCUGUGGCAGGGAGACGCAGUCCCCGAUAAAUAUAAACAACAGCAUGGUACAGGGUGACAAACGAUACCAGAUCCAGUUUAGUGAUGAGUUCAGAAAGAUGACGGGAGACCUUGUCAACAACGGUCACGCCCCAACUUUCUACUUUGAUCACAAAAGCCGUCUCUUGUUUGGAGCACCUGGACUUCCUGGUGAGGUUUUCGUAUUGGACCAGCUACAUUUCCACUAUGGUGACAGAUUUGAUACAGGAUCUGAACAUGCUAUCGAUGGUAUCAAGUUUCCUGUAGAGAUUCACUUCGCACACUACAACAGGAAGUAUGGCAGUUUAAACAAUGCAACCAGCAAGCCAGAUGGAGUGGUAGUCGUCGGUGUUUUCAUGCAGGUUGGUAUGGGACCAGCAGGUGAGCUGGACAGAUUCAUUCAAGAUCACAUGGCCGAUGUACGGGUUCCCGACAUGAAGGGAAUUCGGGCAUCUCUAAACCCAAGUAUAAUGAUGCCAUAUAACCGGUCAUUUUAUACCUACGUGGGAUCAUUGACCACGCCCCCAUGUAGUGAGCGUGUCCGCUGGAUCGUCAUGAGGACGCACAAAUCAAUCUCUCUCAGGGCGUAUAACCUGCUCCGAAGUUUACGUGACAAUCAUGGUGAACGGAUCGCUCGGUACGGAAACUGCCGACCGAUACAGAAACUAGGCUGUCGUAUUGUGGAAUCAACAUAAUCAGUUGAAGUAUACAGUGAACAAUAGACAUAUUCGAUGCCAAACUAUCGUGUUAGAAAUAAUCAGGCCUGUGUAGAAUUCAUUCCCAAUACCCGGUUUAUCUUUACGUCUCAACGUUGUCCCAGUUGAAGACGAUGUAUAAAGAUUAGUCUAUACAUAAUAUAGACACAUGCGAUGCCAAAAUCACUUUGUAUAAAGUUAGUAUAUUAUUCAUUAUUCUAAUGUCAUUCAUAUGAAUAAGGCCAAAGAAAAUACAUUGAUGUUUCAGAUUUCCUUGAUUUCCCAGUACCUUGUUUGUAACACCUGUUAUACGUGUAUACAUGUUAUUUUUUAUCGAGAUGACUUUCCAUGUAGGAAGGGAAACAUGAGAUAAAUAAAAAAGAAAUUCAGCCUUAUUGAAAUACUGUUAUAUAGUAUUAUCUAGCUAUUUCCGGACGACUGAUGAAAUGAAGAAAAAAAAGGAAGAAAAUCUAAGAAAUUCGAAACAUACAUAUUAUCAAACUACUUGUAAAGUAAAGACAUUAAGUUAAGAUAUUAUUCUGCAUUUCUUACUAGAAUGUCCAUGAUUAUAUUUAAGUCGUGAUAAAAUGAUGAAUGGUGUUGUUAUAGAUGCUAUAGAAGUACUAUCGUAUGUAAAAAUUUCAGAAUUAAGCAAUGAAGAUCAAUGUAGUUUUUAGUUCUCUGUGGCUAUUUAUAGCCCUGAGAACUAUAGCCAGCGGUCGAAAAAUUUGCUGCUUUGCACCUUGUAAACAGAUUUUUAGUUCUCUGUGGCUAUUUAUAGACCCGAGAACUAUAGCCAGCGGUCGAACAAUUUGCUUCUUUGCACCUUGUAAACAGAUUUUUUUUUAUCUUAACUGUGCAUUCAUUGCUGUAUAUUCUGCUGCCAGAUAAUAGGUAUUGUGAAGUUGUUGCGUUGAUAACAAUAAGAACAUUCGAUAUCUACUGGAACUUCUUUUGAUUGAAGAAACUUUAAGUUUAAAUGUCUAUUUUUAGUAACAACGGUGAAGCACAUGUAUAUGAUACAUGUACAAGUGUAGGUACAUGUAUGUAUACGUGGCCUUACUAUUUCUCCCUUAUCAUCCACAAUUAGGAGCAUGCGCUGUGUACAGAUGCGCCAGCUCAAAUAGGGGUCGUUUUGACUGUUGUUCCUCGCUAUCUGAUUAGGUCUGUGACUAAAAUUUCUUUUUCUUUAAAAGUAGUAAAUAUGAACGCAAUUUGAAUAAUUCUAAUUCCCUCAAAUGUGAACAUGCAGGUACUCAAAAUGUCCAAUAUAACUAUAGUUUAUAACGUACAAAUAUUGACAACAUUAACAUCAUUUGGACGACGACUACAGCUACAGAAAUAAAAAUAAUCAUAAAUGGUACGAGGUUAUAGGACGUUUGAUUGUCAUCGGAAAGUUUAACCUAAGAAUAUAGCGUGCACAUAAUUCAUAAGAUAAUACUAUGAUAGAUUGUACAUCAUAAUAACCUUUUUAGCAAUUGUUCAAAACAGAUCAUUCGUUGGUGAUCAAUUAUUGAUUUCAUUCAGUUAUCGAUUUUUGAUUGAUGAUAAAAUGUAAUCGGUUAUUCGGUUAUAGAUUGAUUGAUGGUAGGUUGAUUGUUGAUUUACGGUUUGCCGACUGAGCGGAAAGUUUGUAAUUUUAGCUGAGAAAGUCGUAAGAGCUGCACUGUAAAAGAUCGUUUACAGUUGAGAUGUUGGUUCUGAAAAAACAAAUUAUAAUUGCCAAAUGUAAGAAAAUUUACAACAAUAAAUAGGAAAAAUAAUACCAUGCCCAGAGAACUACGUGGCCCUUGGCCUCUUGUUUACUUGGUGAUCGCUCAAAUUUGUAUUUAUCAAAUAUAGAAUGGGAAGCACUGUUAUUAAAUAUGUCUAGAUAUAUCAAUGGAAUGUUGUACGAGAUGGAGCUUUAUUAUAAUUAGCUUAAAAUAUUAAAUAUUGAUGUAACAGUUCUUAUCAUACGGUGUCCAUUAUUGUAUAAGAUAACAACAUGUUUGUUUUUGUUUUUACAAGUAGUCUAUUGUAUUGUACAAUUAAAAUGCAGGAAUAUAUCGUAAGUUAUCUAUCUUUUUUUCUAAAUAUAUAUGUAUGAAUCGAUAUGUAUAUUACCAUGUUCAAUAUUAAGUCAGAUGGCAUUAUACAAAAUGUAAACUGUUUGACAUACACAAUCUCUGUUGAAGAGGAAAUAAAGAAUGUCUGUCUGUUAGUUA